AUGUUUGGCCCGGCGAAGGGUAGCCAUUUUGGAGUCCGCGCGGAGGCUGAGUGCCCCCGCGGCGGCGUCUGCCAUCCUGCUGCCGGGACCAAGGCCGGCCCCACGGCUGUCAGGCCCAUGGGUGGCCUGACCGACACGAUGUGGCGGCUCCGCUGCAAAGCCAAGGACGGCACCUAUGUUUUGCAGGAGUUGUCCAGCCGGACGCGGGUGCGGGAGCUCCAGGGCCAAAUUGCUGCCAUCACGGGGAUCGCCCCGGACUGUCAGCGAAUCCUCGUGGGAUACCCACCCGAGUGCCUGGACCUCAGCAAUGGGGACGCCAUGCUGGGGGAUCUGCCCAUCCAGUCAGGCGACAUGCUGAUCGUUGAAGAAGACCAAGCCAGGCCCCACGCCUCACCUGCGUUCGCCAGACAUGGUGCUCCUUGUUAUGCCAGGGAAACGGUGCCCGUGCUUACCAGGACGGUGGUCCCAGCAGACAACUCUUGCCUCUUCACCAGUGUGUACUACGUUGUUGAAGGAGGGGUCCUGAACCCAGCCUGCGCCCCUGAGAUGAGACGCCUCAUAGCACGGAUUGUAGCAAGCGACCCAGAUUUCUAUAGCGAAGCGAUCCUGGGGAAAACCAAUCAAGAGUACUGUGAAUGGAUCAAAAGGGAUGACACGUGGGGAGGAGCCAUUGAAAUAUCGAUUUUGUCUAAAUUUUAUCAGUGCGAAAUUUGUGUGGUGGAUACACAGACAGUAAGAAUUGACCGUUUUGGGGAAGACGCAGGCUAUUCCAAAAGGGUCCUGCUUAUAUAUGAUGGCGUCCACUAUGACCCGCUUCAGCGUAACUUUCCCGACCCCGACACCCCUCCUCUGACCAUUUUCUCCUCUAAUGAUGAUAUCGUCCUGGUACAAGCACUGGAAUUAGCAGAUGAAGCGAAAAGGAAGAGACAGUUUACGGAUGUAAACCGCUUCACCCUGAGAUGCAUGAUAUGUCAGAAGGGGUUAACUGGACAGGCAGAAGCAAGGGAACAUGCCAGAGAGACGGGCCACACCAACUUCGGGGAAGUCUGAUCUCUGCGUGAUGAGGAUUGACCCCGACUACCUCACAGAUCCAGAAGGUUCUGGGUUUUCCAAUAAGCUAUUCGUAACCUUAAAGACACCAUGCUUGAAUCAUCCUUUUAACGUAGAACCACGAAGGCACUGACAUUCCUUGUUAAGAUUAAAAUUAGUGUGCACGUUUACAGAUGUGUCUACAGCGGUGAUACAUGCCCUCUUCCUGCUGGGGUGACAGAAUAGGUGGUCCUUUCUACCUGCCGGCACUAACCUGAAGAUUGAGUUCUCGCGUUGUAAGUUAGCACCCAGCAGCACUAACCUGCAGAAGAAAACGGCUGCCCGUUUGGGGUAAAGCGGAAGGCUUCAUGUGAGGCCACUGGACGUAACCACAGUGUCUCCAGUAAUUGCGUCCUUUUAAAAACUCUUGCGUUAAUAGUGUCUAAAUUAUGAAUUGACUCCUCAAAAGAAGAUACACCGACUUGUCAAAACUGAUUUUAUAUUGCAAUUUGGUAGACUUUCUAAAUGUGUACUUAACCAGUCACAAGUACAUUACAAGCAAUUUUUACAGGGAUGAGUCUUUCCCUGAGAAUGUUACCUAAAAAACAGAAACUGCUGGUGCCCACUUGAGGAUCGUUAGGGUAUAGAAGGAGAAUGUAUGAGGGGAAAGGUGCCUGAGCCGCUUACUGAAGCUUUAAAAGACCAUUGGCCUCGUGUUUUAAUGCAACUCAUUUAUUAAUCUUUGUCACAUUGGAUACAUUUUAGUUAAGCAGGGUAUUUUUUUAACUGAAGUACCAUGAAAUUUGAAUGCUUGAAUUUUGCCUUUUUACGUAAAGAUUUGAAGGGAUUUAAUUUCCUCAGCUUUUUGUUAAGAGCACUUCCUCCAACUCCUAAAAAAAAAAAAAUCUUUAUCUAAAGUGCUAAUGAUUAUGCUUUGGUUUGGAUUUUGUGAGAGCUUUUGCUUAUCUAAACAUUAUGUUUUUAUAUCUUAGCCUUAUCCUGCCACUAAUGCUCUUGUAAUAAUUUCACCUUUCUGCAAAUUAUUGCUUAUCCAUGAUCUUGAUCUUGGACUUUUGAAGAGUUUUAAAGUAAUUGGGAUAAUAACGUUGAAUGAAUUAGUUUCACUUCCAAAAUAUGGCAGUUUGAAAACUGUUGCCUUACCUGAAUAAGCUUCUUCCUAAUAUUAGAUGUGUAGCCAUUUGCUUGGUGGGCUAAUCCUUAAAACAAACCCUCUAAAACUUAGCUUCACUAUGAGAUCUUCCAGAUAAAAAUUUUCUACCUCUUUUCGUGAAUCUUCUGACGAUCAGGGAUGCUAAAUUUUAAUUUGUUGUGUAUUAGCUCACAUAAUGUGAAGAGGCUUAAUGUUGUGAAGUUUUCUUACAUUGGUCUCAUUUUUAUUAAGUGUCUCCCUUAGAAAACUAAUGGUAUACUUUAACGCACUAAAUUCUUUUUCACCAUAUCUUGGUGACAAAUGUUAUACAAUUGAGAUCUACUUUUAGCACUUUCACUGGGUGGAGGUAGCCAUAUUAAAUUAGGGAACACAUAAGCAAUGUAGGGGAAAAGUACCUUUAAGGAACAAGUCACUAAAUAUACAGGAAAUCAUUAGAUGACAUUUUUUUUUUAGUACUUUUUAUGUGAAUAGCCUCUUUAGGCAAAAGUUGCUAUGGUCAGUAUAACUUAAAAGUGUUUAAUUUUCUAUUUUAAUGAGCCUUAAAAAUAGCACUUGUAAGUUUGUGAUAAUUAAUGUUUGGCAAUCAUAAUGUGUACAGAUGAAUAUGAUUGAAAAUCUCUUGGUACCUGUCUGUCCUCCAGUCUAAAAAGUUUUUGUAUCUCUUAUUUUCCCCAGAAAAUACUAAAUUUAAAAUUCUAAGUGAAGAGUAUACUACUGGGUAACAUCUAUCAAAUUGUUUUCCUUCCUUUCUUAGGUACUUCAGGAGCCAAACUUGACAUUUACUAACUGGAAUUUUAGAGAAGUAUAUUCAUGCAACAGAUAUUUAUUGAGUAACUUAUAAUGUACCAGGCAUCUAUUAAUGUGUUUCCCAACAUAAAUUUCUGUCACUUUAAGAUUGAGUAUACUCUACCUACAUUGGGUUACGUUAGCAAAUAGAAAAAGAACCUGAUAACUUACAAAAUUAAAUCCCUCCAUUUAAAAUAUUGUUGGUAUAUGUAAGCUUAUAGCAAGUGUCCAGUGUUUGUUCAGGGGAUCUUAUUUUAUUCUAGUUUACUGUUGUCUAAGUUGUCCAUUCACCAAUUAGAGACUGACAUUGCUCUCAGUAAUGGCUUUUUAAAAUUGAUCAGCUGCUGAAAUUCAGCACUAGGACUUUAAUGUUCUGAUCAUGGAAAAUUCAAGAUGGCAGAUCAUUUGACUUAAUUGUUGAGGAUUAAAAAUCUAAGCUUGUACUCAUUCUAAACUCAAGUUUAUGAGCCUCACAGAAUUUAUAGUUUGUUACUGCACUUACUAAACUCUUGAAAUUACUUCACUAAUGUGUAAAUUCUAAUCUUGAGACUUUGAAAACCUAUGGAUUUAGUACUUGCAGUGGGAUUAAAAGAAACUUUGUCUUAAACUUGUGCUUGAGCAGGAUGAAACCAUUCUUCCUAGUCAUUGUUUUUGACUGCCAUACAAGAAUAUUUUUUUAAUUAAAAUGAAAAUAGUUUACAUUAGUGGCUGAAUGAAGAUUGUGCUUUCCCAUCCCCUCAUUCCUUUCUGUUAUUCUUCUUUCCUUUACUCUUUGGAUUUAAAAAUCGGGUGUAGAGCUAUAAAGAUGCACUUCUGGAGAGAGUGAUUUCCGAAGUUAAAAUUUUAUCCUUGGUCAUUUUUUGAUGUGAUAGCCACAUUAAGACCCCAUCUUCUGUUAAUGUCUGUGGUUGAUUUUUUAAAUCCCAUGCAUGAAAAAUGGGUACAGUCGAGUGGUACCCUUGAAAGUGUGGCUGCUGGUCAGCUCACCCCAUAGGAAAAAACUAAUAUAGUCAUGCCACUUGGUUAUUACUUGAAGUUCACGUGCCCACAGCAUCAUCAUCAGGAAUGAAUUAUCUAUCUACACAUGCCCCUAAGUGCCCGUGCCUAAUCUCCUUAUCAAGCCUAUUCUUUUUAUCCUAUGCAGGCUUUAAAACAGAUGUUGCAGGCUACCCUAGCUAAACAUCGUUUUCUCUGUCUUUUGAAAAAAAUUAGAAUGAGGAGUAUGCAAGGUUAGCGGCAGAGUGACUUUUUUUCUUUACGAAUUAGAUGGCCUUCCUAAACUUCCAUGUAUUAAGAUUUAUGUUCUAUCAUGUGUUGAAAUAGGCAUUUGUUAUUAUUUGCAGCACUUUAAAAAAUACGAAAUAAAAGUUUACAUGUUAGCCCUCUCCAGGGAUCUUAAAGACAUAAUUCUUGAGCUGCUUACAAUCAGCUAUUCACAAUUAACAAUUACCAUCAGUGUAUAGUGUAUCCAGUGGUACAACAUUCUGGGGUUUUGAUAACAGUAGCACACAAUUUCAGUAGCUAUGAGGGGCAUGCUCUGUGCCCUAGUGUUCAAAAUGUUAAUUCUCUAAUGUGAUUGUUCUUUAUCAUCCAUUGUACAGUGCAGUAUUCAAAUUGGUUCUUAUAGCACAAAGAUGACUGUAACAACUUUGAAAAGAUUAGAUUCUUAAAACUCAUCAUUUGUUUCUAGGCAAACUUUAAGGGAGCUGAUUUUUGAGUCAGAGGCCUUAAAAGUAUCAUAGGUAAUAAGCAACAUUUUUAAGACUACAGUGAAACACUUGAUUUGAAUAAGCUAGUUUACUAACUAAAGAUGUUUUCUUAACUAAAAGUUACAAUAUUUCAGCACAUUUCAUCCAAUUUAGAAUGUAAAACUUCCCUGAUUGUAGGAAAGAGUUUUAUUUAUUUUCUGCAAAAAUUGGCUGGUUUUGUGUUUAUAAGUGCUUAGCAUAUUUGACUUUGAAGAAAUGACUACAUUGAUAAUUGAAUUGUGGGGUGCUGAUUUCCGUCUUGGUUCCUGUGACUCUAUAAGAGAUUGAUAGCCCUCCCGUGCUGUUGUAGAGUGAAGGGAGAAAGGGGUGGGAGGGUAAAGUACCACUUAAACAGAAGAGAUCCUCAAAUGGCUGCUUUCCUAGUCAUGAAUUACGCUUAUUGGAAAAACUUUCAAGCAAUGCCUUUGUGUGACCUUAAGCCUUCUCCCCUGGCAUAGAAUGUAGCAGGGUCAUAACUGAAAAGCUAGUCAUUAAAGUAUAAAACCAUGAAUAUAAGCAUUUUGGUAUGAUGCCUUUUUAAUACUUGUUUUUAAAAAUACAACCCUACAACUAGAGUUUAGGGAUGAUUUGGUUAAGUUGUAGGUAAAAAAAAAAAAAAAAAAUUAACCUAAGAAAGCUUUAGAAUGUCUACUAAGAUAACAUAAGCCUGACUGUAUAACUGAUAUAGGACAUGUAGCUGUUUGUAGCCCAUAAGUUACUUAAAAGGACCAGGGCACCCAGUUCCCGUCAGUGUUCCAGGUCACCUUGGUGCCAUUCAGGACUCAAGUUGUUUACAGGAAAUACAAUUUCCUUAGCAAAAUAAUUCUUCCUUUUAAAAAGUAUUGAAUUCCGCUUAAGAUACAAAAUAUGUAUAGCUUGUCGAGCAGGAUGUAUUUUCUGUAUUAAUGCAGUAGAAGAGGAAUACCUGAGGCCAAGAAGAAAACCACAAGACUGUCAGACCAAGCGCUUUAGACCGGGGCUUGAAAAAGUAGUAGGGAAGAGCAAACCAGAACAAAGUUCUGUUUUUCUUGUUAAAAACAUUUUUCUUAGUGAAAAUGGACAGGGCUUUGUGGUUUUAAAAAUGUUCUUUGGUCUGUUUGUCAGUAUUUUUUUUUCAGUGAGUGCACUGCUGCUACCUGGGAGAUGUCCAAUUUUAUUUUGUACGACACUUAUGUGAUAUUGCCAUUGUCAUUAAGAUGCGUUGAUUUUAUUUAUGAAGUGUAUGAUUUAAAUAUCCAAAUGCUGUAUGAAAUGACUUGUUUUAAAGGAAUAAAUGAAGUGAAAAUA